UUUAAAGAAACUUUACUUUGUAAAUUUGGAAGUUUGACAAAAAAGAUAUGUAAUUUGUUUGGAGAAACACUUGCUUUGGGUUAUUCAAAAAACACUAUAAAACACCACCUAUUCACACCUUACUUGAAACAAUCGAAAAAGAAAUGGAAAAAUCAUCAAAUAACUCCAAUUUGGUUUUCAUUACAGGUGUAACUGGUCAUUUGGGAAGUGUUCUUUGUAAGAAACUGUGUGAAUGUGGCUACAAGUGUAAAGGUUUGGUUAGAGAUGAAGAUUCCAAAACCUUGGCCAUGAAGGAGAUGGGUUGUUCUGAUGUAAUUGUUGGUGAUUUGGUAGAUUGCAAUCCAAGUGACAUGGUUGACUGGUUGAAAGAUUGUGAUUUUGUCAUUGAUGCUGCAGGAGCUUCAAUGCAAUCAGAAAUUGAACAGGUUGAAUUCAUUGCAGGAAAGAAACUAUUCGAUGCUGCUGUCAAAUCCAAUGUGAAAAAGUAUAUUUGCAUGUCUGCGCUAGGUUGCGAUAUCAUUGCCUCUGGACAAACUGGAAAGGAACAACAAUUGGUUUGUAAAACAUGUAGUGAGAAUCCAAAGUAUGCUAAAUCUCAAUACAAGUUGGAUAAGUACAUUCAAGAUCAAGCUCCAAGAAAUUUGGACUAUCUCAUUGUCAGAUGUGGAGAUUUAACUCAAGAGAGUGGAUGUAAUAAGAUUAUGGUGGCUCCCAAUUUGAGUAAGAAGUAUCAUGAAAAGAAUUGUUGCGUGUCCAGGCAAGAUUUGGCAAACUUUAUCGUGGCUGCCAUGAAGAGCAAUAACUUGACAAGAACUACUCUCGAGGUGAUUAAUAGUGAAAGAGAUGGAGUAGCACCAGAGGAAGCUCUUAAACAAAUUAAUGUUGCCAUCUAA